AUGUUCCUCGAUGGACUCAACUUUAACCAAAGGAAAGCGGUGGUUUCACCUCCCAAUGGAAGGUUGCAAAUUAUAGCCGGUCCAGGUACUGGGAAAACCAAAGUCUUGAUCUCAAGAGUUGCAUAUUUGAUUUUAGAUUGCAACAUCCCUCCAAAUCAAAUAAUAGUCACUACGUUUACGAAGAAAGCAGCAAAUGAGAUGGUCGAGAGACUUUCCAAGUUGUUGGAAAAGGAAAAACAUUCAGUAGACAUCUCUAAGCUUAUCAUUGGAACCUUCCACAGCAUUUGCUUUAGAAUUAUUAUGACGUACGGGAAACUUAUAAAUAAGCAAAGCUUUAAGAUAGCAGAUGAGCGAGACUCAAACCAUAUAUUAGGCGAGACCCUUGAUGGAGUACAUGCAAGCGAUUUUGAUAGAAAAGAAGUUGACAUAUACAAGAAAGGCAGUAGCAGUAAUAUUGACACUUCUUCAUAUGAUCUGAAGAAGAUCAAAAGGCAAAUAUCAAAGUUGAAAUCUGCAGGUAUUGAACCGGAAGCUUACAGGCAGCUAAAUAGUGGAACGAAAAAGUUCAAUCGGUUCAUUUACACUGUAUACGUAGACUAUCAAGAUAGACUUGAAAGGAAUAUGCUUCUCGAUUUCGACGAUUGUCUUUUGAGUUGCAAUAGCUUGUUAAAGCAACAUCCUGUAUUGAACUUCAUAAAACAUGUUCUAGUAGACGAAUUUCAAGAUACCAAUGAAAUUCAACUUCAAUUGAUGUAUGAGUUUACUAAGCAUUCCAAUAAUGUGACAAUAGUCGGUGAUCCAGAUCAAAGUAUAUACGGAUUUAGGGAUGCUCAGGUUAUCAACUUUGAUAAGAUGAAAACUCACUACCUCGCAAAUAAAGUAGACAUUGUUUCUUUGGAUGAAAAUUAUAGAUCAACUGCUAAUAUUCUCGAAGUAUCAGAGUUGGUGAUGAGGCAACAAGUGGAUAGUACUAGGCAUCGUAAGGAUUUAAAAUCACAGCACACAUUUACAUUUGCACCCAUGUACUGUAAUUUAGCAUCACAAGAGGAGGAAGCUGAAUGGAUCUGCUUUCAAUUGGAGCAAUUGACCAGAAAGCUACCUAACACACCUUUCCAGAAUAAGGACGUGGCCAUUCUUUUCCGAUCAUCAUUUCAGACAAGAAUAGUGGAAAAUGAGUUAGUGAAAAGAAAAAUUCCAUACUUCAUGCUUCGGGGUAAGGCAUUCUGGGAUCGGAAGGAGGUCGUAAGCAUUUUAGACUACAUACGAGUUGUUAGCAGUGAAAAUGAUAGAAUCGCAUACUUAAGAACUAUAAACUUUCCUAAGCGAGGGUUGGGUUUGAGAUCGAUUGAAGAAAUCGAAAAGUAUUUGAAUGAAAUGAGUGGUAAGAGCGACGAGUCGGUGUUCACUCAUUUACAAAAUAUCUCAGAGGGGGAUACUAGUUGUGCAUUAACUAAAUCUAAUUUAGAAAACCUAGGUAAGUAUUUAUCCUCAAUUUCCAAAUGCAGACAGCAACUAAAUGACGAUUUGGACAUGGAGAACCUUUUCCAAAGCAUUUACGUUGAGUCCGGCUUGAAAGAUGAAUUCAGUAAUGAUCCAAAUUAUGAAUUGAAUAUAUUUGAAGUCAAAAGACAAUUAGCAGAGCAUGUGCCAGUGGUAGAUAGACUACCGUUGGAUGAUGAGAUGAGCGAAAAUGAUGAUGAAGUGCAGAAAAAUAUAUUACAACUGUUUGUACAAUCAAUCGGUUUAUAUGAAUCUAACCAAGAUGAAGAUUCUAACGAAGAGCGUGAAAAUGGAGGUAAAGUAAUUUUAUCUACGAUCCACGGUUCUAAGGGUUUAGAAUGGCCCGUUGUGUUUGUACCUGGUCUAUCCGAAGGAAUAAUUCCUGCUAAGUUUGCAAUGGAUAAUGGAGGAACAGAAGAUGAAGAAAGAAGAUGCUUUUAUGUUGCCACGACAAGAGCCAAGCACUUAUUGUAUGUCAGUUCCUUUACGGAGGAAAGAGAAAGAUGGGGAAGAUUGCCGAUUAAUGAAACAUCUAGGUUUUUGAAGGGCCUUAAGGGAAAAUUAUCAAAUAACAAGCAAGCAGCUUUUAAUAAUUUAAACAGUUUACAAGAUUUGUAUAAAUUGGUAGGAAAAGAUUGGAUAUCUGAUAAUUAUGACUUUGACAAAUUCAUAGCUGAGUGUCAUUGGUAUAACAAAGAUGAUGAUAAGCUAAAGGUCGCUUCAAACUUUGCACAUUCGACCUUUGGCAGUGCCAACUUAGUCUCUAGUCCAAAUUUCAGCAACAAGAAAGUCAAAGGAGAGAAAUUAGAGGUUAAAAUUCAGAAUAGAACCAUUCAGUCAAUGCUCAGCAGUAAGAGCAGUGAAAUGAUGAAUAGAAGGAGCAUGUUAACUGGAUACAGCAGCUCCAAAAGUAAGUCAGCUAAACUUACUUCAGACAGAUCUAUUCCCAGUAAGAACCUUUCUAAGAUAACAAAAGUGCCUGUAGUUGCGGCAGUUAUGCCUGUCAUGGGCACAUCAUCAAAGGCACCUCCAUACAUUCCUAGCAGGAAAGUUCCAGGAUCGCUUUCGCGUUUAAAGAAAUUACAUGAAGUCAAGAAAUAA